AUGGACACGAUAACGUCGUGGCCUCCAGUGCUGCGGACACGUGGACGUGUUAAGGUGAUGACGAUGAUGCUGACAGCGGCUUUGCUUGGAGUCGGGACGGCCAGUGCCUUCGGACUUGUUCCAGUUGAGGCGAAUGGCGUGGACGCUGGCGAGUACGGACUCGGCCACGUGCUGCGGCGUCUCCGGUUGCAGUUGGAACGUGGAAGUGCACAGGCUGCAUUGACGAGAGCUGAUCGUUCUCGACCCUCGUUGCGAGCUCUCAGCGAAGUCGCAUUGACCGUGCCACGAGCAAGUGCUGCGUCUACCGUUGAGUCACUGCCGGUUCAUGACGGAACCUUCGAAGCACGAGUCACAGAUGAAAGCGGCACGAUGGCUCCACCACUGGAGCCAAUUGAGGGGGACGAUGCUGCCUCUAGCACUGUUGCCAACGAAGAAACGAAUGAGGAGGAGGCAAAAGAAGAAGAGGAUAGCGAAGACAGCGACAGUGACAGCGACAGUGAUAGCGACAGCGACAGCGACAGCGACAGUGACGAAGAAGGAAGCGAAGGAGACGAAGAAGGAAGCGAAGGAAGCGAAGGAGACGAAGAAGGAAGCGAAGAAAGCGAAGGAGACAAUGAAGAGAGCAAGGGUGGCGUUGAGAGCAGUGAAGAGAGCAAGAGUGGCGUCGGAGGCAGUGAAGAGAGCAAGAGCGGCGUUGAAGGUAGCGAAGAGAGCAAGAGUGGCGUUGAAGGCAGUGAAGAGAGCAAGAAUGGCGUCGAAGGCAGUGAAGAGAGCAAGAGCGGCGUCGAAGGCAGUGAAGAGAGCAAGAGCGGCGUUGAAGGCAGCGAAGAGAGCAAGAGUGGCGUUGAAGGCAGCGAAGAGAGCAAGAGUGGCGUUGAAGGCAGUGAAGAGAGCAAGAGUGGCGUCGAGGGCAGUGAAGAAAAUGCAGACGACGAUGAUGAUAGUGAAGAGAGCAAGAGUGGCGUUGAAGGCAGUGAAGAGAGCAAGAAUGGCGUCGAAGGUAGUGAAGAGAGCAAGAGCGGCGUCGAAGGCAGUGAAGAGAGCAAGAGCGGCGUUGAAGGCAGCGAAGAGAGCAAGAGUGGCGUUGAAGGCAGCGAAGAGAGCAAGAGUGGCGUCGAGGGCAGUGAAGAAAAUGCAGACGACGAUGAUGAUAGUGAAGAAAACGCCGAUGAAGAUGACGAUAGCGAAGAAAGCGAAGGUAACAGUGGAGUUGGUGAAGAAGGCGAAGAAGAAGAAGGCGAAGAAGGAGAAGGCGAAGAGGGAGAAGAAAGCGCCGGUAACGGCGAAGAUAGCAAAGGCAGUCAGGAGAAGACUGAAGGAAGCAACCAUGUUGAUGAAGGCAGUCGCCGCGACGAAAGCAAAGGGAACGGUGAUGAUGGCGAUGGUACCACCAGCGACAGCGAAAAAUACGAAGGCAACGGUGGCGACAGCGAAGGAAGCAAGGGUAGCGGUCAGAGCAGUGAAGCAAACGAACGCAAUGGCACAAGCAUCGGUAGCGAAGCAGGUGGAAGCACCGGCGGUGAAGCAGGCAAAGGAAAUGGUGAAGGAAUUGGCAGCAAAGCAAGCGAGCACACAAGCAAAAGCGUCGAAAGCGAACUUCGCAAGCAAAAUGGUGCAGGAAUCGACGGCAGCGCAAUCCAGAACAACGGCGAAGGCAUUAUCAGCAAAGCAAGCAAGCACACUGUUGACGAAAGCGUCGAAAGCGUCGACAGCAAAGCGUCAGAGCACAAUGGUAAAGGAAUGAGAGACGCGAGAGAACACAAUGGUCAAGGCGUUGCGAGUGGAGCUAGCGGACAGAACAGCGAAGGCGUCACCAUUGAAGAAGGCAAGCACAAUGGUAAAAGUAUCAACAGCGAAGGACGUGAGCACAAUGGUAAUGAAAGCAUCGGCGGUGAUGCAGGCAAGUACAACGACGAAAGCAUUGGCAGCGAUGGACGCCAGCAAAAUUGGGAAGGCAUCAUCAGUAAAGCAAGCGAGCACAACAAAGAAGGCAUCAGCAGUGAAGCAAGCGAGCACAGCAAAGAAGGCAUCAGCAGUGAAGCAAGCGAGCACAAUGGCAAAGGCAUCGGCAGUGACGCUAGCAAGCACAAUGGUACGAGUAUCACCAACGAAGCAAGCGAGCACAAUGGCAACGACAUCACCAGUGAAGCAAGCGAGCGCAAUGAUGGGGCCACCAGCAGUGUGGCAAGCGAGCACUAUGGUAAAGGCAUCGGCAAUGACGCUAGCGAGCACAAUGGCCAAGGCAUCAAAAGCCAAGCAAGCGCGCUCGAUGGUACGAAUAUCAGCAGCGAACAGCACAAUGGUAAGACCAUCAGCAGCGAAGCAAGCGAGCACAACAGCAGCGAAGCAAGCGAGCACAAUGGCAAAGGCAUCACCACUGAAGCAAGUGCACACAGUGGCAAAGGCAUCACCACUGAAGCAAGUGCACACAAUGGCGAAGGCAUCGCCAGCGAAGCAAGCGAGCACAAUGGCAAAGGCAUCACCACUGAAGCAACCAUACACAAUGGCAAAGGCAUCAGCAGCGAAGCAAACGAGCACAAUGGCAAAGGCAUCACCACUGAAGAAAGUGCACACAGUGGCAAAGGCAUCACCACUGAAGCAAGCGUAUACAAUGGCGAAGGCAUCACCACUGAAGCAAGCGCACACAGUGGCAAAGGCAUCACCAGCGAAGCAAGCGUAAAUGGUACGAGCAUCAGCAGUGAAGCAAGCAUCCAUAACGGUACGAGCAUCACCAGCGAAGCAAGCGGACACAAUGGUACGAGCAUCAGCAGCGAAGCAAACGAGCACAAUGGCAAAGGCAUCAGCAGUGAAGCGAUUGGGCACAAAAUUGGAGGCAUCACCAGUGAAGCAAGCAUGCACAAUGGCACGAGCCAUACUACUGAAGCAAACGAGCACAAUGGCAAAGGCAUCAUCAGCGAAGCAAGCGGACUCAAUGGCAAAGGCAUCACCACUGAAGCUAGUGAACACGACGACAAGGGCACAACCAGCGAAGGAAGUGAGCGUCGCGAUGCAGCAGGCAAGGGCGACACGAAACAUCAAGCUCGCGAUGAGAACAGAUCCAGCACAGAACCCAACGUUCGCCAAGACGCCACAUUCAGCUCAGGAAGCUAUCGCCGUAGCGAAGAGAGCAAGUCGAGCGCUGACGUGAGCUGCCGGAUGACGGAAACGUGA